CAUGCGUAACUGGAUAAUAAUUUUCAGAUACAACGUUCUUGUUUUUACUAAAAUGUCAUUUUCUGAACUAUUUGCGAACGAAUAACGGCUUCUUUCUUAAAAUGGCAAUAAUUUAUGUCAAGUUCCUUUGUAACUAACUGGCCAAACAUGAACAAAAAAUAUUUGAAAAUAUAUCUUUUUGGUGUGUGGAUUCUAGUGGUAGCAUUUGGAAAUAACUUGCUGAUUCAAUAUUUUGGAAAAUGUAUUGGUUUACAUAAAAAGGAGACGUCUACAUCAAGCAGUUCUUACAUGAAUAAAGGCAAUACAACUCAGAGAGAACUAAAUUUAAAAUACUUUAGAAUCACAUGGUAUAAUGUACCACAAAUUUUAAAUCUCAGACCGGAAGCUUUGUACAGUGGAUUCGAGAGAUGCAACUACAGCAACUGCAAAAUGUCCUUCAACAAAGUCGAUGCAGGAUACAGUGAUGCCAUUAUUUUUCACGCUGGUUAUAAAUUUCCGCGUAAAUUGAGUUUUAAACGACCAAAUGGCCAAGUAUGGAUAUUUUAUGACCAUGAACCACCAUACAGAUAUAAAACGAUGCGUCAUAGAUCGCUUCCAAACAACUCUUUUAAUUGGACAAUGACAUAUGAUGCAAAUGUUUCUGACAUACAUUUACCAUACGGUGAGAUUACCAAUAAAUCAUACAAGGUAAACAGCAGUGAGGAUGUUCUUAUGCGAAGUAAAAACAGAACAGCGCUUUUGAUAAUGUCUCAUUGUAAUACUCCAGCUGAUAGGCUUAGGUAUGUAAAUCAGCUUAAAAAGUUUAUUGACGUUGACAUUCUUGGUAGAUGUGGUACUAAUUGGUCCUGUGGAAUCUUACAUAAGCACGACAAUUGUUUUGAAAUAUUAAAUCGAUACAAAUUCUUCUUAGCGUUCGAAAAUUCGUUUUGUAAUAACUAUUUUACAGAAAAAGUGUUUGACAAUUUUGAUUAUGAUACAGUGUUGGUAACGCGAGGAGGAAACAAAGGGCAGAUAAAUCAAAUACUGCCAGAUGGAACGUUUAUAUCAACAGAUAACUUUAGAAAUGCUAAAGAGCUUGGAUUAUAUUUGAAAUCAAUUAAAGAUGAAACGUAUUUAAAUAUAAUAAGACGGAAACAAAAGUUUACAUCAUUUAAAAGUUAUGAAUCAGUAUAUCAAAAAGCUAUGUGUGAGAUUUGCAAAAGAAUGAAUAAUGCACAUAUCUUUAAAAAAACUAUCAAAAAUAUUAAUACAUGGGCAUUUUCCUCCAAUCCGUGUAUACCACCUGGGGACUUUUAAUGUGCAUUGUUUUCGACACGGUCUAUAUUGCCACUAUGCAUUCUCCAAUCUGUCAUUGGUUCAUUAUGUCUAAAUCAUUAUUUCAUCAUGACCAAUAUUUAUUGCUCGUUGACAUGUCAUUUCAACACACGUGCCCUUGUAUUUGAAGAUAACGUAGUUUUAAAAGCUGUGUCACUUAUCAAAUCCAAGAAAAGAUUGUUAUUUAAAUUAUUAGCAUACACACUUAAGCCUUACUAGAACACAAAUAAUCCACGAGAAACAGUUGAAAAAAUCAUUAUAAUUUGUUGAAAUAUAAUAUUUGCAUGGAAAAUUAAAUUAAUGCAAUAUUCUGGUAUUAUCCCUUCUAAACAGUUUAUACUGUUUUGAUGUAGAUUGUAUAGCUAAUUUCACUCUUCACAUCUGAAAUCUAACGCAAUGAGAUUAUAAGCCAAAAGUUCAAUUUUGCUUUAGAUUCCUAGCGUCAAGCAAGGGAGCUACUAAUACAAUUUCUAAUGUUUAGAUAUGAAUCGCGCAGAGGUCGAACAAAAUACCUCUUGCAAUGGUCACAGACGCUUUACUACUAUGCUACAUGCACGACUCAUUUGAUAUGAACUUAAAUUAUACAAAUACGUUAAGCUGUACCAAGAUAAAAGCCCUUGUGUUAAAUAAUCAAACGGAUUUGUAGUCAAAUGAAGAGAAUAUAUAUAUUUUGAAACAUUUAUUUCUUCGAUUGAACAGACACCGACACGAUUAUUUCAUAAGGCGAAGUUCCAGCUGUGAUGGUGGAGGAAGACCCUAAGUGCCUCUUCGUGAUGAAAUAAAGCAUGGAGGAUACGACCACCGACGUUCCGUAAGCCAGUUGGAUUGCUUCUUUACAUGAAUAAUUCAAAGCCGUAAGUGAGGUUCGAACCCACAUCUGCGGGGUCAAAUGAUAUAUGGCAAAUAAAUGCUGAAAGUUGAACAUGACCAGUUUGCUUUACCUCAGCCUAUUUGUAAACGGUGCGAAAGCUAAAAAUAUUUAGGUUUUGACAACUUACAAAAAUGUUGAAUUCCCUUACUUUAUUUAGAUCUAUUCAUAGUAACUGUUAUGUUUGUAAUUGGGGCAUAUAUUAGGUACAACUGAAAAAAGAGCAUGCAGUAAAAGACAUGUGUGUGCAUACCAAACAUAAAGGGUCGAGCAGCAUUUUUUUGAGUACGUAUUUUUUUUUUCUUUUUUUUUCUUUUUGGAACUGUUUCACAAACAUGGAAUAACCGGGUAUUUUUUUCAUCUCAACAUAUCCAAUAAUAAUAACAUACAUUGACAUUUGAGUAUGAAACAAUAUAUGAGUUAUUCAUUUAUACAUCUGAGCAUCACCUUCUUUGUUACAUAGUGUUUUAUUUUCAUUGUGUAACCAUGUAGUAUAGAUAUUAUAUAAAUCAGAAAAAAAUGUUAUUUCGAUAUAAAAGAAAAUUCAUAUAGUUUUAUUCCUUUCGUAGAUUUGUUUCAAAUUACAUACAUUUUGUAUAUGACAGGAUCAAUUUAUGCUAGAAAUAUUGCACAAAUAAAACAAUGUGUCACCGAUUGUUGUUUUGUGAAAAAUUUGUUUUGAACACACCCACAGUUGCUGAAACUGCUAGCGAUUUUUCAACAUUUUCAUAAUUUUCUGCUUUUUUAUAAAUACAAACCAAAGUAUGAAUCAAGACAGCACAAUAAGUUUAUUCUUUAUACUAACUUUAUUAUGGACUUAUUUGAUAUCAGAGUUAUAUUUGUAAUACUAUAUCAUUACAAUAAUGGGUAUAAUUGAAAAAAUCCUGUUUCAUAUUCAUUUUUAUUAACUUUUUUCAAUGAAAUAUAGACGUAGUAAAGACUAUUUUUUUAUUUGAAAAAAAAAGUACUGUUUCAUUGUUUCUGUUUUCCUUAUGUACAGAUAAUGUUAUUGUGAACAUUAAAAUGGCCAAAAAUGUAUGGGUCACCAGGCUAAAUUGUAUGCUAAGAUGGCUUAAAUAUAAUGCCGGUUUGGAUGAAAACAUGGCCCGAAUCUGACCAAAUUGAUUAUAUCUGAUAGAAGUUAAAAAUUUGUUAAUCAUUUCUAUAAUUAAACACUAAAUGAUCUGAAAGGAGAUAUUGUCUUAUCAAUAAAAAGUAAGUUGUCUAACAUUAAAGAGUUUGAGAUUUCAACCUUCGCCUUCCCCAAUCAACGUCGCUUGCGAAGUUAACGUAUGAAGUUGAAGUUCAAUUAAAAUUCCUUGAGAUUUCAAACUUUACAAUGAACCUUACUUCAUUUAAUCCCCCCUUUCAAUUUAUCCGUAAUUAUGAUCGUUUUUUCGUGCAUUUUAACAUCAACGGUAUAAAACGGUAUUGUAAUGCUUGAAUAUUUUGACCUUAAAAUAAUCACUUCGUAAAUUUAGCAAACUUUAUAACUUUACAUGAAAUAUGGAAAAAUUCAUUGAAUAUUCCGCAGAUAUUGACGACGAUCUGUUAUUGCUAUUGCAUUGUGAAAAAACAAGUAAAGGAUUAUUUUCAAAGGACUUCAAUUUAGAUACAUUUGGACAAGAUGAGUGUUCUAGUUUAUUUCGAUUUGCCAACGACGAUUUACACCAUUUGAGUUCUGAAUUACACAUUCCUGAAAAAUUUGUUGCCUCCAAUGGGACGGCAGUGAGUGGGAUAGAAGCUCUCUGCGUAAUGUUAAAGCGAUUGUCGUACCCAAAUAGACUACAGGAACUGAGAGAUUUUUACCAAAGGCCAGUAUCUGAGAUAAGCUAUAUUUCGAAUUCAUUGACUGACUUCCUAUAUGACAAUUAUGGUCAUCUUCUCUCUGAAUUAGACAGAAGCUGGUUGUCUGAAGACAACCUCCAUGAAUUUGCAAAUGCCAUUUUCAACGCAGGUUCACCAUUAACUAACUGUUGGGGAUUCAUUGAUGGAACUGUAAGACCAAUAUGUAGGCCCUUCGUGAAUCAAAGGGAAGUAUUCAAUGGACAUAAACGUGUGCAUAGUCUAAAGUUCCAAUCCAUAGUUACACCAAAUGGCUUAAUUGCUAAUAUGUUUGGUCCAGUUGAAGGGAGGCGGCACGAUGCCGGUAUGCUGAGGGAAACUGGACUUUUAGAUACAUUGCGUCAGAAGAUGACAAUGGCUGACGGUACUAUAUACUCAUUAUAUGGUGACCCAGCCUACCCUAUCCACCCUCAUUUGAUUGGACCAUUCAGAGGACACCGUCUCUCAAACGAAGAACAGGUAUUCAACACGAAGAUGUCGUCUGUGAGAGUUUCUGUUGAACUUCUCUUUAACAAGAUUGUUAGAAACUUCGCAUUUGUUGAUUUUUGCAAGAAUCAAAAGUUGUGUUUACAGCCAGUUGGCAAAUAUUAUGUUGUUGCAGCUAUGCUAUCUAACUGCCACACUUGUUUGUAUGGUAAUCAAGUUGCCGAAAUGUUCGAACUUCAACCGCCAAAUCUUCGGGAGUACCUUCAUGGAUGAAUUUUUGAAAGGAAAACAUAGAACUAUGAGCUUUAAUAAACUUUACUGUUGACAUGUACACUUGCGUAAAACAUGAAAAGAAAAUCUAAAAUUGUUUAAUAUAUUGAAAUAAGAAAGUUGGAAAAGGACUACAGUAAUGUAUGAUUAAAAA